CUGCAGAGAAUCCCCUCCAGACAGAUCCUCCUCUCCAGCGCGAUCAGAAGGCUUUAAAACCUCCAGCUCACAACAUUUUCUCCCUCUCUCUCUCCACGCUGAGUCGUACUUCAGAGGAGGAGGAGGAGGAAGCUCUCCAGACCUCCGUGAGCUCAUCCUUUUGUUCUCUGCAGAACACAACCCCUUUCAUGUCUUCGUUGGGACCUCAACAGGAAGCUGAAUCUGUGCUUCUGUAGGUCAGAUGUUAGUUUGAGACUCCAGAGUUUUUUUUACAGAUUGUUUGAGAUCCAGAGAGGACGUCUGCUCUUUCUCUCCAAGUCUGCGUUGUGUUUUACAUUCGGAGUAAUGAGGGCUGAGGUGCUGGUCGUCUGUCUGGGUUUGACCCUGAGCUGCGUUCUGGUCGGUGCUCGAGAUGAUUCGGAGCAGAACAAACUCUCCAGAGGUCCGAUUCAAGUGAGAGAAACCCGAGGACUUGUGCAGAACGGGAGACAGCGGGAGGAAGAAGAAGAAGGUGUCCAAAUGUCAGACGAGCCCGCUGAAGUGGUGGAAGAGGAGAGAACGAAACCAAAGAAGAAGAAGACACCUGAGGAAAUUGAGGCAGCCAGAGCAAAGAAAGCAGCAGAUAAAGAAGCCAAAGCGAAGAAGCAGAGAACCCCUAAACCCACCAAGAAGCCAAAAGCCCCGAAGCCCACCAAAAAACCCAAAGCACCAAAACCCACCAAGAAGCCGAAGGGGCCCAAAGCCACCAAGAAACCAAAGGUGACGACGACCACAACGCAGCCGGACAUCAAGAGUCCUCUGGACGAGGAGGAGGAGCGGCUGCUCAUUGAACUGGGCUGGGACAAAUUGAUUCCACCUGUGAACCCAAACGGACCCGGAGUGGAAGAGCCUGUCGAGCCGGACCUGGACAUGACGCGUCGUAGAUAUCCUGAUAAACAAGACACAACUACUGAGGUCAUCAUGUAUAUACCAGAGGAAACCACCGGCUCCCCGUAUGUCGUCCCGUGGUACGAAGAGUACGAUUACGCUGACUUGGCCGCUAAGAAACAGGAAGAGGAGGAGGAGAGAGCACGAAAAGAAAAGGCAGAAAAAGCCGAGCGGCUGAGGAAGAAGUGGGAGGAGGAGGAAGAGGAGCGGCUGAAGCAGAUCUCAGUUCCUGUGGAACCAAAAAAGUGUCCUCCUCUGGGCCUGGAGUCCCACCGGGUGGAGGACGACCAGCUGCUGGCCUCCUCUCAGUCUCACCACGGCUUCACGGCUCAGAGGGGUCGACUCAACAUGCAGGGCUCUGAUAACGAGGACGACCUGUACGGCGGCGCCUGGUGUGCAGAGUCAGAAGAGAGCAACCACUGGUACGAGGUCGACGCCCGCCGAGAGGUGGAGUUCACCGGGGUCAUCACCCAGGGAAGAAACUCAGAGCAAAUUGAGGAUUUCGUGUCGUCCUACUUUGUGGCCUUCAGUAACGACAGCCGUGACUGGACUACACUUCACGACGGCUACGCUGAAUGGUUGUUCUACGGGAACGUGGACAAGAACACUCCGGUGAUGGGUCAGUUCGCGGUUCCCGUGGUGGCGCGUUACAUCCGCAUCCUGCCGCAGAGCUGGAACGGCAGCUUGUGUCUCCGAGCCGAGGUCCUGGCCUGUCAACUCCCCAGCAGCUACCGCAGUGAGAACGAAGUCAACCCGUCAGACGAGCUGGACUUCAGACACCACAACUACAAGGAGAUGAGACAGAUGAUGAAGGUGAUAAACGAAGAGUGUCCCAACAUCACCAGGAUCUACAACAUCGGUAAAAGCUCUCAGGGCCUGAAGAUGUACGCCAUGGAGAUCUCCGACAACCCCGGAGAGCACGAGACGGGUGAACCUGAAUUUCGGUACACAGCCGGUCUCCACGGAAACGAGGCCCUGGGUCGGGAGCUCCUCCUCCUGCUGAUGCAGUUUCUGUGCAAGGAGUACAAAGACGACAACCCCAGAGUGCGCCGCCUGGUGGACGGAGUGAGGAUACACCUGGUGCCUUCGCUCAACCCCGAUGCUUACGAGCUGGCCUACGAGAUGGGCUCGGAGAUGGGGAACUGGGCUCUGGGCCACUGGACCGAAGAAGGAUACGACAUCUUCCAGAACUUUCCAGACCUCAACAGCAUCCUGUGGGGAGCCGAGGACAGAGGCUGGGUCCCUCGCUUCGUACCCAAUCAUCACAUCCCCCUCCCAGAGAACUUCCUUAACGGCUCUCUCGCUACGGAGACCAAAUCUAUAAUUUCCUGGAUGGAACGCACCCCAUUUGUACUUGGAGCAAAUCUACAAGGAGGAGAAAAACUGGUGGCGUACCCUUUUGACAUGCAGCGUCCAUCGAUUUCUUCAAUCGAUAGCCGACGUUGGAGAGGCAACGGCGAGAUGAACGAGGAGACGUGGGCUCGCAUUCAGCGGCAGAACGAAGGAUCUCUGAGGGAAACGCCGGACGACUCCAUGUUUCGGUGGUUGGCCAUGUCGUACGCACACAGCCACCUCACCAUGACCGAGACCUACCGGGGCUCCUGCAACGGAGACGACAUCACCGGGGGUCAGGGCAUCGUCAACAGGGCCAGCUGGGAUCCGGUGGUGGGCAGUAUGAACGACUUCAGCUACCUGCACACCAACUGCUUCGAGCUGUCCAUCUUCUUGGGCUGUGACAAGUUCCCCCAUGAGAGUGAGCUUCCUCUUGAGUGGGAGAACAACCGCGAGUCUCUGCUGUCCUUCAUCGAGCAGGUAAAUCGAGGUAUUAAAGGUGUAGUGAGAGACGUGGAUGGAACCCCGGUGCCUAAUGCCACCAUAUCUGUGGAGGGAAUACGGCAUGACGUCAAAACCGCUGUAGGUGGGGAUUACUGGCGGCUGCUGAACCCCGGAGAGUUCAGGGUGAGCGCCAAGGCCGACGGCUACACCCCUCAGACCAGACUGUGCAUGGUGGGCUACGACUCCGGGGCCACCUCCUGCAGCUUCACCUUAGCCAAGUCCAACUGGGACCGCAUCAAGCAGAUCAUGGCGCUCAACGGCGGGAGGCCCAUCCGGCUGGUUCCCAAAGUCAACGUGGUGAAAACGACGCCGGCGAGCAUCCCGGCGGCCACCACCGUCGACAGCCACUUGGUCGCCCAGAAAGCAGAGCGACUCCGGAGGCUCCGGAUCAUGCGUUUACGGCGACUACGUCAGCAGAGAUUAAGAGGAGGUCUCAGCACCACUUCAACUACUACAACUACAACAACUACAACCACAACAACAACUACUACAGCUCCCACGACAAUACCCAAGACCGAGAGAACCACUUCCUGGUACGACUCCUGGUUCCCGGUGGACAGUUGGAUGACGGAGAACCCGUUCGAUAGCGUCAUCUUUGACUCGGUGCCCACGCAGGACUAUGCCUUUGAAUACACUAUUGAUUGAUUACUACGUUCUCUCUAAGACCUUUACUAACCAACAUCACAGCUUUAAAAGAAAACAGAACACAAAGUUCAUUAUUUAGUUCACAGAGUUUCAACUUGUUGGGUAAACAUUGACUAUGUUUACAUGCACCAAAUAUUCAGUUUUUUGCCCUUUUCUGAAAAAGACAAAAAAAAAGUCUAAAUAUAUUUUUUUAUCAAAGUGUUCCAGAGGUGGAGGACUUGUUGGACCGUGUGAACUCAGCCUCCCUCUUUCUUUCCUUCAAACACCUUCUCUUAAAGGUCGCCGAACAAAAUUGAACAAAAUCUAAUUCUGAACAUUGUCAUAUUUGGAAUAAUAGAGGAAUAUGAGUGUGCAUGUAAACGUAGUCUCUGCGAACGGAGAUGAAUGUGAAUUUAAGGGAACGUCCAUAAGAGAAAUAUGUUUUUAAGAAAGUUCUUGACAGAGAAUUGAUCUGGAACACAAAGUUUCUGCUGAGCAGAGACUAUACAGAUGUGAAUUUGCUCAAAAAAAACAAUAUACAGCAUAAUACAACAAAAACAUAUCAUUUUGUAUUUCUCCAAUACAAUGUAUGUAUAUCUUUAUGAUUCUUUAAUGGCUUUACGGUGCGAUUGCUGGCCUCAGUUAAACUGAUUUAAUGUUCUGCUGAAUGCAUUUGAGUAAAUGAAGUGUUUUUCUAAAUGAACUUAGUCUGUGUUUUAAUGGCCAUAUACGAGAAUAUUAUUGAUUCAAGAUGAAGCUGAGAGGACAGAGAAAAGGUAGCAAUUAAAAAACCUUUAGGCUACUUUAGCACCACGGGUGCGUCUUAAAGCUGCAUUCUCUCUCCUGUCCACCAGGGGGCGACUCCUCUGGUUGUAUAGAAGUCUAUGAGAAAAUGACUCUACUUCUCUCUU